GGCUGCAAAGUACGGUGACACCGCAGAUGAGUGUGGCGAGGCCUUCUUCCUAUGUGGGAAGUCCCUGCUAGAGCUUGCCAGGAUGGAGAACAGCGUCCUUGGUAAUGCUUUGGAGGGAGUCCCAGAGGAAUCUGAGGAAGAGGAGCAGCCUAAUAACUCCAACAUUGAGAGUGCCAACAAUCUUAAUGACGAAACUAGAGAUGAGCUACGAAAGCAGGUGUAUGACGCAAUGGCGGAGAAGGAUAAGACUGAGGCAGGCGAGCUGGAGUCUGAGGAUGGACAGGGCGACGCUGAGGUGAAAGAGGAAAAUGGUGUGGCAAAGUCUCCGGUCAAACACGUGAAUGAAUCAGAGGAACCGUCAACUUCCCCUGUGAAUGGCAAAGAAAAGAGUUCAGUCCAGAAAUGUGAAGUGAAUGGAGCUGAGAAGAGCCCGGUUGCUCCUGUGAACGGUGUUGGGGAAGGUCCCACUGGGUCUUCUGGAAAGGAAACGGUGACAAAGAAGGUGGAGUCCGAGAAGCAGAAUGACGAGAAGACAGAGGCAAAACCAGAGGAGGGAAAAGAUGAAUCGAAGCCCGACGCUGAACCAGAGGGCAAUGAGGAUGAUGAUGAUGACGAUGACGACGACGAUGAGGAGGAGGAUGGAGAGACAAACGGACAGGAUAAGGAAGAGGAUGAAGUGGGGAAUCUGCAGUUGGCAUGGGAGAUGUUGGAGGUGGCUAAAGUCAUCUACAAAAGAAAGGAAAACCAAGACGACCAGCUGAUGGCGGCUCAGACAUAUCUGAAACUCGGAGAAGUCAGUGCUGAAUCGGGUAACUAUCCCCAGGCGCUAGAAGACUUCCAGGAGUGUCUUGCCCUGCAGCUGAAGCACCUGCCUCCCCACAGUCGUCUUCUGGCUGAAACCCACUAUCAUGUCGCCACUACACUGUGCUACAUGGAUCAGUACAGCCAGGCCAUCCAGCACUACAACAGCUCCAUAAAAGUCAUCGAGACCCGUCUGGAGGAAACCAGAAGAGGAGAGCCCAGUAAAGGACACUGAUGCUAAACAAGCGAAACAGGAAGCCGCAGUUAAUGGCAGCGGUGACUCUAGUGCCAGCAACGGCAAUGGAGUCCAGGAGGGAAAAUCACAGGAGCCCGCCGGCCAGUCAUCCUCUGUCGAGUCUUCAGCGUGACUGUCCUCGUCUCUUUCCUGAUCUACAAAACCAGCACAGCAUGCCUGUCCAGUCCCUGUCCACCUUUCAACACUUUUGUUUCUGUAAAUAAGACCCAUUUUCAUAGAUUUGUCUGUCAAGUUUUGUAUACUUGUAGUAAAAGAAUAAAACAUUUGCAGAUGUAA